AUGGCGAAAAGAACCGGUUCAUACGGGGACCUACCCCGCCCUCAACUUCCUCCACUGACCUUGCCCGGCCACCUUCAUGAGAUGACCAAAGAGGAGAAGCUGAAAGCCCGCCUCUACUCAUAUGCUCCCCUGAAGGCGCCAGUCAAUCCCCGAGCCUUAAAGUUCAAAGGCGUCACGCAAGCACAAGCUAGGCGGCUCCUGGAGCCUAUAGAACGUAGAGUGGAACCGUUG